GGGGGCGGGGUGGAGCGGAGCCUACCUCGGCCCGUAGUGAUUGCCCAGCCCCUGAGUGACAGACGGAGUCCGAGUGAGGGAGCGGGGACGGGAGCUGCCGUGGCCGGUGCUUGCUCUCCCCAUACGCUCUCCCGUGUUAUGAGGCGGCCCUGAGAGGCGCGGCGGGGAGCCCAGCCCAGCCCAGCGGGAGCCCGGCGCCGCCCGGGCGGGGACUGGGGCUCGCUUCACACGCCCGGCCAAACCGAUGACUACGGCAAACUGCGGCGCCCCUGACGAGUUCGACUUCAGGCUGAUCUUCGGGGAGGACGGGCAGCCGGGCCCGGGGCCGCCGUUGGGGCCUGCAGAUCUUGAACCAGAUGAUUGUGCAUCCAUAUAUAUCUUCAAUGUAGACCAACCAUCAUCCUCUGUAAAUCAGCCAAUUUGUAUCCCUCAUCAUGGAUUGCAGUCACACUCCUCUCCUCUAUCUCCACCAACCAGACUGCAGGGUCAUAAAAACUACGAAGGAACUUGUGAGGUACCAGAAUCCAAAUACAGUCCAUUAGGUGGACCCAAACCCUUUGAGUGCCCUAGUAUUCAAAUUACAUCUAUCUCUCCUAACUGUCAUCAAGGGAUUGAAGCUAGUGAGAAUGAAUUGCACACAAAUGGCCCAGAAAAUGAAUAUAUGGAAAGGCCUUCAAGGGACCACCUGUAUCUUCCUCUUGAGCCAUCAUACAGGGAAUCAUCCCUUAGCCCAAGCCCUGCCAGCAGCAUUUCCUCCAGGAGCUGGUUCUCAGAUGCUUCCUCUUGCGAGUCCAUCUCUCAUGUUUAUGAUGAUGUAGACUCAGAGCUGAAUGAAGCUGCUGCUCGAUUUACCCUUGGAUCUCCUUUGGCAUCUCCUAGUGGUUCUCCAAGGAGUCCAGGGGAUGAACCUUGGCAGCAGCCUUAUGGAUUUGGGCAUGCCCUGUCUCCUAGACAGUCUCCUUGUCAUUCUCCUAGAACUAGUAUUACAGAUGAAAAUUGGCUAAACCCAAGACCAACAUCAAGGCCCUCAUCAAGACCUACAUCCCCCUGUGGGAAGCGACGACACUCCAGUGCAGAGGUUUGUUAUCCCGGCUCUCUCUCUCCUCACCAUUCUCCAACUCCAUCACCUGGCCACUCUCCCAGAGGAAGCAUAACAGAAGACACAUGGUUAAACACUUCUCUCCAUAGUGUACAAGGUCUUAAUCCUGGCCUUUCACCAUUUCAGUGUUGUACAGAGACUGACAUCCCUCUUAAAACAAGAAAGACCUCUGAGGAUCAAACUGCUACUUUAUCAGGAAAAAUAGAUUUCUGUUCUGAAGAACAGGGUAAUUUAUCACCAUCCCUUGAAACUGCAGUAGAUGAUUGCUCUGGAUCUCAACAUGCGUUGAAAAAGGAUUUGCCUGGUGACCAAUUUCUUUCUGUUCCUUCACACUUUACUUGGAACAAACCAAAGCCUGGCCAUACGCCAAUAUUUCGCACAUCUUCAUUACCACCACUAGACUGGCCUUUACCAACUCAUUAUGGACAAUGUGAACUGAAAAUAGACGUACAGCCUAAAACUCACCAUAGAGCUCAUUAUGAAACAGAAGGCAGUAGGGGAGCAGUAAAAGCAUCUACUGGAGGACACCCGGUAGUGAAGCUCAUAGGCUACAGUGAGAAGCCAGUAAAUCUACAGAUGUUCAUUGGAACAGCAGAUGAUCGCUACUUACGACCUCAUGCAUUCUACCAGGUGCACCGAAUCACUGGGAAAACGGUUGCUACUGCUAGCCAAGAGAUAAUAAUUGCCAGCACAAAAGUACUGGAAAUUCCACUUCUUCCUGAAAAUAAUAUGUCAGCCAGUAUUGAUUGUGCAGGUAUUUUGAAACUCCGCAAUUCAGAUAUAGAGCUCCGUAAAGGAGAGACAGAUAUUGGAAGAAAGAAUACCAGAGUGCGACUUGUGUUUCGUGUUCAUAUCCCACAGACUAAUGGAAAAGUGUUGUCUCUACAGAUUGCUUCCAUACCUGUUGAAUGCUCUCAGCGAUCUGCUCAAGAACUUCCUCAGAUAGAAAAAUACAGCAUCAACAGUUGUUCGGUAAAUGGAGGCCAUGAAAUGGUUAUGACUGGAUCUAAUUUUCUUCCAGAAUCAAAAAUUAUAUUUCUUGAAAAAGGACAAGAUGGACGACCUCAGUGGGAAGUAGAAGGGAAAAUAAUUAGGGAAAAGUGUCAAGGGGCUAACAUUGUUCUUGAAGUUCCUCCGUACCAUAACAAAACGAUUACAGCUGCAGUCCAGGUGCAGUUUUAUCUUUGCAAUGGGAAGAGGAAAAAAAGCCAGUCUCAACGUUUUACUUAUACACCAGUUUUAAUGAAACAAGAGCACAGAGAUGAAAUGGAUUUGUCUGCUGUUCCAUCUUUGUCCCUGCCUCAUACUGGCAGUGUUCAGGGCCUGCACUCCAUCCGAACUCAGCUGUCUUCAUCAGAUCCAGGGCACCCGCAUGAUAGUUUACUGUCUACAUCACCCAGGAGCCUUGUGUGCCCAGUUCAGCAACCAUAUACAUCCAUGGUGACAUCAGCAGUAUCUCAUUUGUCUCACAUACAAGGUAGAAACAUCAGUCCAGGUGAUGAGUGUCAUGUUUUGACUCCUGUGGUUCACCAGUCUUUCCAAGUAACAUCUACACCUCCUGUGAGGCCUUCCUACCAGCCUAUGCAAUCUAAUGUUAUGUACAAUGGACAACCUGGUCUUCCCAUGAACUCUGCCUCUAGCCAAGGAUUUGACACGAUUUCAUUUCAACAAGAUGCAGCUGUACCUCAUUUGAUAAACCUUAGCUGCCCACCUCUGCCACCAAUGCAGUACCAUUCUUCAAAUCCCAGCUCAGUGACAACUUCGUGUACAGUAGGACAUCCUUUGCCACAUCCGGCUCAUUCAGGACAAUCACCUCAUCUGCAAUCAAUGGGAUACCACUGUCCAAAUACUGGGCAGGGUUCUAUCUCUUCUGCAAUGAAUCAACCCCUUGGGCAACCUUCCCCUCAGCUGCAGCAAGUCACAUACCAUUCUGCAAACCCAGGGUCUGCUUCAUCACCACCCCCAACAGCUUCCCAUCCUUUGGUCCAUUCGCCACUGUCGGGGCCAGCUUCUCCUCAGCUACAACCUAUGCCAUACCCGUCUCCGAGCUCAGGACCUGCCUCAUCCCCUCCCCCAACAGCUAUAAGUCACUCGGGACAACACUCCCCUCAAGAACAUAGUCCUGGAUUGGGAGGUCUUCAUGCAGCUUCAUCUUUAGUAUGUCAUAAUGUAUGUGAAUCAUCUCCAUUUUCAUCAGAUGGGGUAACUGUUAACAUUAAACCAGAACCUGAGGAUCGAGAGUUGAAUUUUCAAACAAUUGGUUUGCAAGACAUCACACUAGAUGAUGACAAUUUUAUCUCUGACCUGGAAUACCAGCCAUCAGGUUCAGCAGAGAAAUGGACUCAACAUUCAGCAUUCAUGUCCAACUCCUGUGUGGAAAAUCUAGAGGUGAAUGAGAUCAUAGGAAGAGAUAUGUCACAGAUCUCAGUGUCACAUGGAGCAACAGUGGCUGGCCAAUCUCCACAUACAUGCCCUGGAUCUCUGGAGACAGGAAUAUCGGAUGGAGUCUAAAAGCAGCUAAGCUUGCAACUAAAUGUCCAUGAAAUCUUUCAAGUUUUCUCUGAAUAUUUCUUCUUCAUCCCCUUCUCUUACAUGCACUGUGCUUCCAACUCUUGUGGCCUUUUAUAAACUGGAACAAUGGAUCCUUGCAUAGCCCUUUUAGUGGGUUACAUUUGAUGUAGAGACCGAGCAUUCUAAUUCUAGUUUCUCGAGUGCUGUAAAAAAUGACCUGAGUAAGUGGACACAAAGAAGCAAGAUAAGAUAUUUUAACUGUUUAAAAAUUACAAAUGAGCUUUGCUGUUUUACAUAGAAUACUUUUAUAUUGUAAGUGCUUAAAAUGUGUGGAGAUGUUAGUUUUGCUCUUAUAAUAUUCACAGUACUGAAUGUGGAGAAAAAUUUAAUACACAUCUUCAGUGUGCUGCUCUUUCCCUUAGAAGAAGCAGUAGAAUUGUAAUUGACAGUUUUGUAUACCUUGGUCAUUUUGAACAGCCUUUAAGCUUAUUGUUUAAAAGAUAACUUUUUAUAAUGAAAUCUUCCAGAGGCAAAAAAAAAACAACCAACCAACCUGUCAUCUUAAGCCAAUGCCUUGGAAGUCACUGUGUAUAAAAAUACUUUAGUGUUUUCUUUCUUUGAUUCAUAGGAAGCCAAGCCAAAUGUAGAUCUGCACUUCUUUAUAAACUGAAAAUGUUAUUUGAUAGGCUGCAAAGAGACCAUUCCAUCAUGGAAGUGUUGGGAUAGAAAUGACAUUCCAAAAUUUAACUUUUAUAACUAUAUGGAUAAUCUUCCUGUACUUCAACACAGGCUCCUUACUGAAAUAGCUCUUGCAUAGAAAUGGAUACAUUUGUAGUCAAAUUGAAAAACUAGGAUUUGAUAUAAAGAACCUUAAUUUCAAAACCAUGUUAGAUAAGGGGGGAUUUUGAUAUUUGCAGAGGAUUUAAGUGUUUUAUCCCUAUGAAAUACUGUUUUGAAAUACACCAAUCUUCAGUGGCUCUAAUAUUUUCCAUGCAGUAAAUCAUUUGCUUACAUCCCUAUUCUAUAUGCCCAUCUGCCUAAAUCAUGCCACUUUGACAUGGCAGUUUCUUAAAUUUGAACAUUUAUCUGCUAAAAAGAAACUGAGUGAGUGUGUUCAAGGAAAUACAUUUGAGUAAUUUGCCUGUAGUUAAAGGUAAAUUUAUAAAGCAGAGUUUAUUUCAGAGGAAAAUAGUGUAUGAGACAAUGAUUGUGGUAUUAAUCCCUUACAGUUUGUAUGAAAUGAUGCAUUUUCCCCACCUACCCACUUCAUCAGAUAGUAAUGUUUACACUACACGGCUUUUAAAACCUCAGGCCUCUGAUUAAAAACCUAGGAAAGGAUCUGAAACUGCCUAUGUAGGCCACAUUAAGUAUUUCCCAAGAGGUUGUAGUUUACAGAUCUAUCUGAUGUGGAACAUACAGGGUAUACAAAAAAUGAGAGAUUCAUGUAUAGCAAAGUAAGAUCAGAAGUACACUUUCAUACUUGAAAUUGGUUUUAGUUCAGAUUUCUGUUCUUCUGUUGAAAUAACCAUUCAUUCUGGUUCCAAUGAAAAGCAAAUAUAUUCAACUUUGAUUAUAAGGGGAUGAUUACACUGAAUUCAGAUAUUUGAGGGUAUUUUCAUUGCAAUCAAUACAUGUACAGGACAUGCCCUUGUUUUGGAGAAAUGAAGCUGUUUUGUCUAUAUAUGUUCUUAAGUUACAGUAACACAAAGAAAGUCUUAAAUGGACUCCAUUAUUGAGGUCAUUAGGAAUAAAAACCCACUAUAGUAAAAAUAGGUUUUGUGGUGGUACAUGUAUUGCUAGAGCAGCAGGGGGAAGUUUACAUAGAACCUCUUGCAUAUGAAAUACCAAUGUGCUAUACAUGUCUAGAUGUAAUGUUCUAGCAAUACUGUUAACGAUAUAUAUCUUUUUGUAUUUGUUGGAUCAUGGAGCUUUUGAAAAGUUGGUGGAAAUGGAAUUUCCUUCUAAGCAAACGUGCAUUUUUUAAAAUGCUAUUUAGGACUACCAUGGUGGUAAAUCUUAUUUUAACUUAUUUGAAAAAAAAAAAAAAAAAAAAUUAAGGCCACUAUACAGGUGACAAACUAUGUAUUCUGGGAAGCUAAGCAUCCUUUCAGAUAAUGUACUGUACAUUAGUUUAAGUGUCUCUCAAAAUAGUUAUUUUGGCAGUUCUAUCAUUUGAAAAGAAUUGUAACUGUCCCUCAGGUGCUUCUUUAGUUACUAUCCCUACUCAUAUUAACUUUAAACAUGCUAAAACACUGAAGUGUUCAGAAAUACAGCAAGUUACAUUUUUAGAACACUGUUUAAAUCACUGUAAGCUGUGUAACUGUCUUUAGGCUGUGUGUUGGUGCAAGGUGUGUUCCAGUUUUCAUUUAAUGUACCGGGUCUAUUGAAUUAAUCAAUAUUUGUGGGAGGACUCUAAUUUUGAGCUUUUCAUACUUGUGUGGGUUUUGUGCUCCUAACGACCGGUACAGCCUCUUCUCCUUGCAGGUCCUUUGAGUGAGUAGCUGGAAUUCAUACUGUACCUAAAAUAUGCGAGCCCAUACAAUCCAGAGUUGCUAUGCACUAAAUCUUCUGAUGCCUUUAAAUACCUUGAUGCCUGUAGACCUAGAGAUGCUUUCCUAUUUAAAAAAAAAAUAUAGCUUUUGGAUACUAAAGCAGUUUUUGUAUUUGCCUUGUAAAAGCUUCAGUACAAGGGUCUUAAUUUUAUUUUGGCUUGUGUGAUACUGUAAAGACUGUUAAAAGCACACAAUCUCCAUUGGACUAUGCAAAUUUAAUUUUACAACAAUACCUUGUGACUUGAUAAUUUGUUGGCAUCCACUUUCUUGCCCUUCCUCAGUCCCUGCUUUCCAUACUGAUGUUUAGAUUUUAAACAUGAAGGAAAGCCUUAAUAGUAGGCUGUCUUCUAUGGAGGAUCAAUGUUAAGAAUAAAGAUUGAGAAGUAUUUGGCACAUUAGAUGUGGGCCUUGGAAAAGUAACUUAAGUUUCUGAAUUUAACCACAAACCUGGCAAUCUAUUAAAUCUUAUAAUUAUAUCAGUGGAACUGCCAUCCUUUAUAAACCAAAGAGAAAAAUGACAAUUUUGUUCUGAUGCAAACAAAGCUUUGAAACUCUAUUUUUGAUACACAUAAUGGAUGUCAUUCCUUGAGGUUUGGAAAUUGUUAAAUUGAAGUUUUAUAUUUAAGAAUAUGGGACAAUAAACAUUGACUAAAGAUUAAGUUCUAGAUGUUUACAGAGCCUUGUAUUGUAAUUUCAUGUACAUUUUGUAUUUUAAACAUUUUGUAAGUUAUGAUUGCAGUGCUAUUUGAGAAAUACAAAGGGAAAAACUUGUAUUUUAGGCUCUUAAAUCAUAGUGUUCAAAUAAAUAAGAAAAUACAUAA